AUGGCGGAACACAAGGACCGAGGCGAGGAACACGUCGAAAGGGCGACCAGAAAGUCCGACGACGUCAGAGAUCCUUACGACGCCGAUGGUGUCUACCAGGAAGAGGUGCAAGAUAACAACGACGAUGACGAUAGCGACGACUCAUCGCCCCUCCUAGACGCGAUCGAUGAUACCGCGAAAAUCGCGGGAGUCUUUGGCAUAGAAGAUCAUGUCAGUCGCUUUAUGAUCGCUGCUCAAGUUGAUCAUGAGAAGGCCGAAGAGUCCGCCGGCAUCCCACCGCCUCCCGCGCCUCUCGGCCACAGAGCUCAGCUUGGCUACGACCCACCCGAGCCGUCACCCUUAAGGAUCAUAUUGACCGCGAUUAGUUCAUCCCCGAUGACAUCUUCUCCAAGAAUGUCAGGGGGUGGUAUUUCGCCUUUGACACCACCGCGCAUCACGCUGACAGGCGCUUCCACGCCCUCGCUGCUGUCUCCCUUGAGGAUGCCGAGACUGGCUAUGGCUAUUCCUACAACUCCGACACGGUUCUUACAGCGUUCUGAUACCACCGUGUCUCCUGAGAGCGACUCGGCGUCAUACUCUACGCCCGGCCUGACCUCACGUGCGGAAACUGCCGGCGGCAAAUCCUCGUCGAGAGACCGGCCGGGGCGUGCAAAAGUAAAGAUGAACAGCGAUUUUUACGGUGGUACUAAUAUGUCAUUUUGCAUAAAUAGAGACUCAGAGGGCCGUGGAAGAUGUCGACAAUAUCGCAAGAGCUGCUGGCCUGAUUUUGCGCUGGGUUCCCUCUUACCUGAAUGA